AUUCCAGUGGCCACCCAGCAGAUCAAAGUAAAAGCAGCAUGGAAAACGGAGGAGCAGAUCAGGCCAAUGGUCUGGACGCCCAUAAAUCAAAUGGACAAGGAACAAGUGCAAUCAGCAAUGUUCAGGCACAAGCACUGCUCCAACAGUUGAGUUUAACUCCAGCGCAGUUAUUGUUGCCGCAAACGCAGGCGCAGCUCCUCGCCGCAGCCGUGCAGCAGUCUGGAAGUCAACAGAGCAGCACCACUGGAGCCAAUAUUUCUGCCUCUGCAGCCACGCCCAUCACACUGUCCCAACCAAUUCAGAUUGCGUCUCAGCUGCAGCCUCAGGGUUUGAACCUGCAGCAGUUCGUGUUGGUUCAGCCAGGCCACUCCAUCAGUCCUCAGAUUCAGCCGCAGUUCAUCAUAUCACCUUCACCUCAGGGUCAGACCGGUCUCCAGCAAGCUCAAAAUCUUCUGACUCAACUACCUCAAAGUCAAGCUAACCUCCUCCCAACUCAGACCAGCAUCACCCUCACCACACAGGCGGCCACACCAACAAGAAAAAUUGCAGCCAUGCCCGCUCCAGCGGUGGCCACUCCAAAGCACAUGGAUGCACCGUGUGUAGAGGAGGCCAGUGACCUCGAGGAGCUUGAACAGUUUGCAAAGACUUUCAAACAGAGGCGCAUCAAGCUGGGCUUCACUCAGGGUGACGUGGGGUUGGCGAUGGGGAAACUCUAUGGAAAUGACUUCAGCCAGACCACAAUAUCCAGAUUUGAGGCCUUGAACCUGAGCUUCAAGAACAUGUGCAAACUCAAACCUCUGCUAGAGAAAUGGCUCAGCGAUGCAGAGAACAUGUCUGCUGACUGUGUGGUGUCGAGUCAGAAUGAAAUGUCUCCGGGUCUCUGUGAGAGUCUGAACCGGCGGCGUAAGAAGCGGACAAGCAUCGAAACCAGCAUCCGUCUUGCCUUAGAGAAGAGCUUCUUGGAGCAGAGUCAAAAGCCAUCAUCAGAGGAAAUCACGCUGAUUGCGGAUCAGCUCAACAUGGAGAAGGAGGUGGUACGCGUUUGGUUCUGUAACCGCAGACAGAAGGAGAAACGGAUCAAUCCUCCCAGUAGCAUCGGCGGAUCGCCUGGAUCAGCCAUUAAAACUAUCUACAGCAGCUCCACCACAGCAGUGUCCAGCAGCACAAACACACUGACUGUCAAUUCUGUGGUUCCUCUAAACAACAGCAUCUCAAACCUCACACUCAGUGGUGGAGUUCUGGGUCAGGUGAUGUCUAACUCACCGUCUGUCAUCUCCAUGGCUCCUGCUGUGACCACUUCUGCCCCUGCCGUGACAUCACACUCGAUCAGCCCGUCUGCCACUACCGUAAAAAAGGAAAUUGCCGCUCAGCCAGUUUCCAUUGCAACAACAGCCACGCAGGGGGCAGGGCAGCUGCUGGUGACAGGUACAGGACUGGGCGGUGCUAAUCUGACUGCUGUCACAGGCUUGAACCCAACAAUCAUAACGCCAUCACAACUGACACAAGGUGGGGCGUUUUUGAGUUUGGCUCCUGCUCUGGGAAACGCUUUUGGUCCUGCGCUGAUGAACAACAAUGCACUGGCCACCAUCCAGGCUCUGACUUCGGGUGGCAUUCUGCCUCUGAACUCCAUUAAUGGAAACACCGGCCUGCUAUUCGCCAACACCAGUGCAGGAAGCUCUGCCCCCAGUCUGGUGACCACGCCCCUCUUCCUCAACCCAUCCAGCCUCUCUCUACUACCAUCCAAUCUGCUGUCAGCAGGCGGGGCUGGAGGCGGAGCUUUCAACCUGCAGCUGGCCAGUGACUUGCAGCAGAGUUCUGUUGCCACGACAACCAAGAGCAUUGCCUUGGCCUCGAAGGCUCAGUGAGCGCAUGCGGCUCGGUCCAAUCCUGUGCUAUUACCAAAAAUGCUUCUGACAUGCUUAGUACUUCCUGCAACCGAAUGUCUGUCGCGCAUUUGAUUGCUUUAGGAAACGGUCAGGAUUUAACUUUAUUUUUCAAUCUAUUUCUUAAACUAACGUCAAAAUUAACCAAAAAUUUUAGAGAGAUUAUUUCACAUAACAGAGUUUAUAUUGACUUUCUACAAGGUUUUGUCUUUUUAUUUGCGGCUCUGUGAAAUGGGCUGAUUGUAGAUGAUUUCAGAUUUAUAUCCAAAAGCAUUUCAGAUCUUUUAUGUUGCAAAUUACUGCAGCGCUGGGUGGAGGUCAGAUGACUUUUGAAACUAGUAUUCUAACUCAACAUCACUUUAUAAAUCCGGUUAGAAGGCUUUAAACUAGUUAUAAUCCAUCACAGUGAGCGCUGCAACUGUGAGAGAUGCAAAUGAUCUCUGCAGUGACAUGUUUGUUUGAACAUUGAUUCUAUUUGUAGUUUUCAUGUGAAUCAGCGGCGAAUCUGAAUAUAUUAAAUCUGUGUGUAAUUCCACCCCACAUGUAUGUCUGUUAUAUGAAAUGUUGGAUGCUGAACUUUUAUUUCCCAUGUUUCUAGUGAUUUGAAGCCUGUGAAUGGAUCGAUCUGAUCACUCUUUAAUGUUUUUCCCCAAAUAUAAGUGUUUUUCUUUCA